AUGGGUCAAGGCCAAUCUGGUAUGGGUGGUGAGGGGGGACGGAACGAAAAAGACAAAAAGAAGGACAAGCCCAAGUACGAGCCCCCGCCGAGGCCAACAACCCGGGUCGGCCGCAAGAAGAGAAAGGCUGGCGGUACUAGCGCUGCUGCCAAGCUCCCUGCUGUCUAUCCCACGAGCCGAUGCAAGCUUCGACUGCUUCGAAUGCAGAGAAUUCACGACCACCUCCUCCUUGAAGAAGAAUAUGUCGAGAACCAGGAGCGACUGCGCAAGGCCAAGGCCGCCAAGGAGGGUCAGACUGCCGGCCCCGAUGUCGACGUCGACAGGUUAGCCGACGAGCGGGGCCGUGUCGACGAUAUGCGAGGAAGCCCAAUGAGCGUCGGCACAUUGGAGGAGCUCAUUGACGACGACCAUGCCAUCGUGAGCAGCACAACCGGUCCUGAAUACUACGUCAGCAUCAUGAGCUUUGUCGACAAGGACCUUCUUGAGCCGGGCGCCAGCGUUUUGCUGCACCACAAGAGCGUCAGCAUUGUUGGAGUCUUGACCGACGACGCAGACCCCAUUGUCAGCGUCAUGAAGCUCGACAAGGCGCCAACAGAGUCGUACGCUGAUAUCGGUGGUUUGGAGCAGCAGAUUCAAGAGGUUCGAGAGUCAGUGGAGCUGCCACUGCUUCACCCCGAGCUGUACGAGGAGAUGGGCAUCAAGCCUCCCAAGGGCGUCAUUUUAUACGGUGCUCCCGGUACUGGAAAGACCCUUUUGGCAAAGGCAGUUGCCAACCAGACAUCCGCCACAUUCUUGCGUAUUGUGGGCAGCGAGCUGAUUCAGAAGUACCUGGGAGAUGGCCCCCGGUUGGUGCGACAGCUGUUCCAGGUUGCUGGUGAAAACGCACCCUCCAUUGUUUUCAUUGAUGAAAUCGAUGCCAUUGGUACGAAACGAUACGAUUCCACGUCAGGAGGAGAGCGUGAAGUUCAGCGAACCAUGCUGGAGCUUCUCAACCAGCUUGACGGCUUCGACGACCGCGGCGACGUCAAGGUCAUCAUGGCAACCAACAAGAUCGAUACGCUCGACCCUGCGCUUAUCCGACCCGGCCGAAUCGAUCGAAAGAUUCUGUUCGAGAACCCCGAUCAAAACACGAAACGCAAGAUCUUCACCCUACAUACCUCCAAGAUGAACCUCAACGAUGAUGUGGAUCUGGAUGAGUUCAUCUCCCAGAAGGAUGACCUGUCCGGUGCCGAUAUCAAGGCCAUCUGCUCAGAGGCUGGUAUGAUGGCUCUACGGGAGCGACGUAUGCGGGUGCAGAUGGCGGAUUUCCGAUCUGCUCGAGAGCGGGUGUUGCGCACCAAGCAGGAGGGUGAGCCGGAGGUUGCCCCCACCAUCCCGCAAGCGAUUGAUCCCAUCAUCAUCUUAUUCACAUCGUCUCGUCUCGUCUCGUCUCGUCUCAUCUCUGAGCUCGCCCCUGUUAUCCCGUUGCUACCAACGGCAACAGCUCUAGAGCAAUACACGAGAUAUCUCCGCUCCAUCUUGAUUUACUCCAAAACGAUGGGCGCCGCAAUAGAGCCCACGCAAAGCGAUGGCGACGCAAAUACUGGAACAAAGAGCCGUCCAACAGCGAGGCUAUCCGCUGCGUACUCUUAUGCUCAAAACUCUUUGAACUCUUUGAUUCCGCCGUCUUCUCGCCAACACGCAUACGACGCAGCAUCAUCAUUUGCCUCUAAUCAACCCGUACUUUUCUCCUUUACAGUUUUCCAAGCCCUCUUCGCGCUUCUCCCCCUUCUGCUAUUCUUCUCCUUUGCGUUGUCAACCAUUCUCCUGGCCCUCUCUGCUGCGUUUGCCUUUGCGUUUUUCUGGAUCGGCAUUGCGUGCCUCUUUUUGAUCCCGACUUUGUUCAUUACGGCAUCUCUCGCAGUAUUAUGCUGGGGAACGUCAGUGGGGAGCUUUGUUGUUGCUAGAAAGCUGUACCACUAUGCGCCGGCGGCAAUUCAACAGGACAGGAAUGAUACAAAAUCGCCGGCAAGCGAGGAUACGCUGGUUGUACCCGAGUUGGUAGUGUCGAAUGAUGUGGGAGUCAAGAAGGAGGAUCAGUUGGACGACAUCAAGAGCUUGGAGUGA